AUGCGAUUAAUCAAUACUUCUACUUUACUUCUUCAUGAGUUUUCUGGCAGAGACGUACCUCUGUAUGCGAUUUUGUCUCAUCGAUGGGAAGAUUCUGAAGUCACUUUUGAGGAUUUGAGGGGAGGGAACGGUCCGGAUCGAGCCGGGUGGAGGAAAGUUACGGGGUGUUGCUCACAAGCUGCAAGGGAUGGAUGGGAGUAUGUCUGGAUCGAUUCAUGUUGCAUCGACAAAAGCAGUAGCUCCGAGCUCUCUGAAGCCAUCAAUUCUAUGUUCGCCUGGUACAGAUCUGCUCAAAUUUGCUACGUCUACCUCUCAGAUGUUCCUUCAGCCGACGAAGAUCAUUUUGCCCCAGACUCGAAUUUCCGGCAAAGUAAGUGGUUUCGUCGAGGUUGGACUCUCCAAGAACUUCUCGCGCCGGCAAGAGCGGAGUUCUAUUCGCAAGAUUGGGUUGAGUUUGGCACAAAGUCGAGCUUGGAGGACUUGAUCAAAGUGAUUACGGGGAUCACUAAUUUGUUCCAUUACGAGAAUGCAUGUGUAGCGCAAAAGAUGUCGUGGGCGGCGAAUCGAGAAACGACCAGGGAGGAAGAUCAGGCGUAUUGCUUGAUGGGAUUGUUUGAUGUUAAUGUUGCGAUUUUGUACGGCGAGGGAGGAACAAAAGCUUUCAUUCGGUUGCAGGAAGAAAUCAUCACUAAGACGGAUGAUGAAUCGAUAUUUGCAUGGAGCCACCAGCUUGGUAGAGGUGGAUUACUAGCGGACUCGCCAUCGUUCUUUGCAGAGUCGGGAGAUGUGAGGAGAGAAUAUUUCGAUGUUGCGAGACCACAUCAUUACAUGACCAACAAGGGGUUGAGGAUGGAAUUGGUUCUCUUACCUCCGCAGGACCCUGAAUCAGAGACUCACUACCUCGCUCCGCUGAAUUGUACUCGGGAAGGAAGUAAGAAUUCGUUCGUAACCCUUCAGAUCACAAAGUCAGGCACUGGAUAUUCACGUGAAGGUGUCUUCCAGAUGGCUGAGUGGGAAGGGAAGAGGUUGAAUACGAUCGUUACAUAUCCGGGCAGAAAACCACUUUUCGGGCAACGAAGAGUAAUUUUCUUCAGACAACUACUGACGCAGUCCUCAAGCGCCAUGAUGCGUCAAUAUGGGCCGACCAGAAUUGUUGUUCCGACAAUGACAUUGCUGGAGUGUGGAUUCUCACCUUCACAGCGCUCCAAUCUGGGUGAUGGGUGUUGCUGGAAGCAAGAAGAUGCCGACUCGCCUCUUGUCAGGAACGUCGUCGCUGCUGGGGAAGUUGCUGAGCUGUUCUUCACGAACGAAGACUUCGGUCUGUUUGCAUUGGAGAUUGGUUUACAUGAGAAACGGCUUUGGAUCGACGUCGUAAAACCUCUCAAUCAUCCCCAAAACUUGCCAAUGGCAACGUUUCCUGAUAUUUCUGACUUGAAUCCCUUGAUGGCAGGGCCCAGAGUUGACCGCAUCUCUAAGUGGCUGUUGAACGGUCUGUCUGUAUCUGCUUCGGUCAAAGUUGCUGUCCACAUGGGCAUGUUAGUGUACAAGAUCGACGUUACGGUUGGGUCUGGCGAUGGGCUGAGGUGGGCCGAAAAGAGAAUUGCAGAGGAUGAGUUGAGACCGAGAUGGAAGGGGACUAAAGGGGGCUCUUCAGCGUUUCAGAAAGCAGGAGGGAGGCAAAGUCGACCAAGGAAAAAUGACUAA